AUGAAGGUUAAGCGCAAUAGAGAAGAAGCAGAGAGCGAUCCGCCUCCCUGGAGAGUGGUACGCCUGGCAGCACGAGACCGAGAGACGAGGAAAAAGCAAGGGGGAACCAUGAAGUCCAAACAAAAAAAGGUAUUAUGCGAAAAGCUGGAAAUAAUCAAGGACGGCUGCAAAGGUACUGCGAAAGGGUUGUUCUUCACCAAGUAUAAUAUCCAAGACUACAACCAUUAUCGCAUGCAAGGGGAUUCCCGGAAAUUUGAGGCUGGAACGAUGGAUCGAGCCGUCUCCAUAAGCACUGUGUCAGCCUACGACACGCUCCAAAAAGCUCUCGACCACACUGGCAAAAUCAAGGUUGAAAGGGGUGAUCUAGGGGAGAACAUUUUGAUUGAUGGUCCUCCUGCAACUGCAACGACGGUUGGCAGCAAAGAUGCAAGUGGUCUGUUUGUAGGUGCAAAAAUCAGAGUUGGCAGUGCUCUCCUGGAAGUGACCGAAGCCAACAAUCCUUGCUAUCGAUUCAAUACACAAUCAUGGGCACCCCAUGCAAAGGAAAUAUGGGGCAAUUCGGCUCCGGACGGCAACUGUGCAAAAUGGUUCAAGUCACCUCAGUGCCCUCUGAACCAUCAAGUCAACCCAGGUGUAAGAGGGUGGCUUGCCAGGGUCGUCGAAGAGGGCGAGACCAGAACAGGUGAUCAAGCCCAGUUGGUUCUGGGCGAGGAGGAAGAAGUGGAGCAAACUGAGGAGGUGGUUCCUGACGCUGCACGUCCCUUCAAAAAGCAAAAAGUUAAGAAAUAG